AUGGUACACAACCGGCCAAUUCUGGAAACGCUUCUCGGUAACCUUCUCGGUGGUCCUCUCCGCAAUAGCACUACUGGUCUCCGCGAUCGCCUCUUUAAAACCAGGGAGUAAGGAGAAUUUAAAAGGUAUCCUCACUUUUCCCUUUCUUUAUUUCCCCUCAGUACUUCCUCUAAACUCAUCACCAAACCCCUUAUGAGAAAUUAUAGACUAACAAAGCAUAGGUACCCAUCCCCCUCUCCUCCUCAAACCCCAAACUCCAAAAAAUCCCAGACAAACACUAACCAACACAAAGCCCUAACAAUAACCGGCAUAAUAAUAAACAGUCUCUCCAUCGCCUUAUCCGCCCUCACAUCCCUAGAUUGGAAACGGAAAGCAACAAGCGAACGGCACUUCGCGGAAGAGCUAUUGAAAUGUGUUGAUUUACAGCAAGCGGGGGAUGCGAUUACGAUUUCGAGGGAGGGGUUGCUGAGGAGGUUGGCUCGUGGUGGGAAAGAGAGGGAGAAGGAUGGUGGGGGGGUGUGA